AUGGCUCCUCCUCCCGCUAUACGCAGAAGCAAACGCCUCCCGAAGCCUAGCCAGAAGCGCAAGGAGAGCGGUCGGAUUACCGCUCUACGCAGAAGCACACGCCUCCCGAAGCCCAGCCAGAAGCGCAGGGCCAGCGGUCCGGUGACCGCCACACAGAAGCAGAGCCGGAAGCGCAAGGCCAGCGGUCCGGCGACUGCCACACAGACGAAAGCGAAAGUGGUGACAGAGCCCGCAGAAGAGACAAGUGAUCCAGUUGCACAAUGGGUGGCCACUGCGUCGUGGCCAACGGACCUUUCCACUGUGUCCUCGGAGCGUCCGUCAAGUCAUUCCUCAACAACUGAGGAGCGAGACGGUCCCAACUUGAUAUCCCAGGCUAGCAAGAAACUCAUCAAAGAGAUGUUGAAGGCUCACUAUGACGACGAGCCGCAGUUUGAACGGAGUGUUUCCGGGUUCCUCGAGGGCCUAUUGGUUCAGUCAUGGCCGCCUGACUGGCCUGGAGCAACUUCGACCCUCGGCCUAAACACCAAAAACUUUACGAUAGCAGAGGUUGAAAAGAUAAAAUCCUUUCUCCCCGACCAGUACCUACAACACUUCGUAGGCGGUUUAUUCUUUCCACAUCUCAUCAGUCAAGUCGUUGCGGAUGACACUCUCAAGUCUGAAGCUGAGGAGCUUUUAACGGAACGCUGCAGUACCGCCCUCGACGCCAUUAUCAACCUACACUCGCGAGUCCUAGGAGAUGACGAAUCAUCGAGACUGAGCGGCGAGGUCCUGCUCUUCUCAAUUACUCGCGACCGUGAAACCAUCAAGAUAAGCGGACAUUAUCCUAUCAUUGAAGGAGCGGAAACUACAUUCCACCGCUAUAUAGCUAGGGAAGCCCGUCUAGGCCCUCGAGGCAUAUGGGGGAAUUUCAUCGUUGGAAAGGAGUGUUAUGAAUUUGUCAGAAAGGUGGAUGAGGACUUCCUUCCAGCGCAUGUGAAGAGAAUCAAAGACCUUCUGGCAAAGAUGCAGGACCCUCAAGAAGGGUCGGUUCUAUCAGCUCCGACAAGUGAACAGGAUCAGCCAGAAGGGUCGGUCACAUCAGCUCCGACAAGCGAACAGGGUCAGCCAGAAGGGUCGAUGCACACGGAGUCAUCGUCUACAGACACUGUAAACACUGCCACAGCCAUUACGGACUCCAACGGCCCACUCGGACAGAGACAAGAGGGAGCAUCUACGGCUCGGAUGAGGAGUGGUCCGAGGAAGAUGUGGAGGCGAGGGGCGCGGGAAGAAGUUGGAUCAGGCAUUCAAGAAACUCGAGAGAUGGAGAAUCGGACGCAGGAACACGAAGAGCUGGGGCGAAAGCGCCAUCGGAUGUUAGAGGGACUUAGAGAUCAGAUCACGAGCUUGGAGCAGAUAUCUAAGAAAUUCGAAGAUGAGAGGAAGAAGUUAGAUCAGGAAAUCGAGAGACUCGGAGGAUAG